UAAAUAUGGUAAGCUUAAAUAACUUACAGCACCAGAUUUUCUUUAACUCCCAGUACAUUUCUUGCAGAUUUUUCCAGCAGUAAAAGUUAUCAAGAAGGACCUGAGAAGAACAGAAAUACAGUAAGCAAGACUAUGAAGAAAUCUUUCAAUACAAGAACCAAAAAUUCCAACUCUAAAAACUCAAGAAAUCUUUUAAAAUCGUAUAUGUCUACAAAUGAAAUAGUAAACAGAAAAUCAAAGCUUUUCCCCUGUACUGAAUGUGAAAAAUGUUUUAACAAUCACUCAAGUCUUGUUGUGCACAUGAGAAUUCACACAGGGCAGAAACUGUUCUCUUGUUCAGACUGUGGGAAAUGUUUUGUUAGUAAAUUAGAGCUUAACAGGCAUCAGAGAACUCACACAGGAGAGAAACCUGUCUCAUGUUCUGAAUGUGGGAAAUGUUUUAGCAGUAAAUCACAUUUUGCUGAACACCAGAGAACUCACACAGGAGUGAAACUGUUCUCAUGUACGGAAUGUGGAAAAUGUUUUAUCAGUAAAUCACAACUUGUAAGACACAACAGAACUCACACAGGUGAGAAACCUUUCUCAUGUUCAGAAUGUGGGAAAUGUUUAAGCAGUAAAUCAAUUCUUGUUGAACACCAGAGAAUUCACACAGGAGAGAAACCUUUCUCGUGUUCAGAAUGUGGGAAAUGUUUUGUUAGUAAAUCAGUGCUUAACAAACACCAGAGAACUCACACCGGCGAGAAACCUUUCUCAUGUUCUAAAUGUGGGAAAUGUUUUAGCAGUAAUUCACAUGUUGUUGAACACCAGAGAACUCACACAGGAGCGAAACCGUUCUCAUGUACGGAAUGUGGAAAAUGUUUUGUUAGUAAAUCAGUGCUUAACAGACACCAGAGAACUCACACAGGAGAGAAACCGUUCUCAUGUUCUGAAUGUGGGAAAUGUUUAAGCACUAAAUCAAUUCUUGUUGAACACCAGAAAAUUCACACAGGAGAGAAACCUUUCUCGUGUUCAGACUGUUGGAAAUGUUUUGUUAGUAAAUCAGAUCUUAACAUACACCAGAGAACUCACACAGGAGAGAAACCGUUCUCAUGUAUGGAAUGUGGAAAAUGUUUUAUCAGUAAAUCACAACUUGUAAGCCACAACAGAACUCACACAGGAGCGAAACCUUUCUCGUGUUCUGAAUGUGGAAAAUGUUUUAUCAGUAAAUCACAACUUGUAAGACACAACAGAACUCACACAGGAGAGAAACCUUUCUCAUGUUCAGAAUGUGGAAAAUGUUUUAUCAGUAAAUCACAACUUGUAAGACACAACAGAACUCACACAGGAGAGAAACCUUUCUCAUGUUCAGAAUGUGGGAAAUGUUUUGUUAGUAAAUCAGUGCUUAACAAACACCAGAGAACUCACACAGGAGAGAAACCUUUCUCAUGUUCAGAAUGUGGGAAAUGUUUUGUUAGUAAAUCAGUGCUUAACAAACACCAGAGAACUCACACAGGAGAGAAACCUUUCUCAUGUUCAGAAUGUGGGAAAUGUUUUGUUAGUAAAUCAGUGCUUAACAAACACCAGAGAACUCACACAGGAGAGAAACCUUUCUCAUGUUCAGAAUGUGGGAAAUGUUUUGUUAGUAAAUCAGUGCUUAACAAACACCAGAGAACUCACACAGGAGAGAAACCUUUCUCAUGUUCAGAAUGUGGGAAAUGUUUAAGCAGUAAAUCAAUUCUUGUUGAGCACCAGAGAAUUCACACAGGAGAGAAACCUUUCUCAUGUUCAGAAUGUGGGAAAUGUUUUGGUAGUAAAUCAGACCUUAUCAGGCACCAGAGAAUUCACACAGGAGAGAAACCUUUCUCAUGUUCAGAAUGUGGGAAAUGUUUUGGUAGUAAAUCAGAGCUUAUCAGGCAUCAGAGAACUCACACCGGAGAGAAACCGUUCUCAAGUACGGAAUGUGGAAAAUGUUUUAGCAGUAAUUCACAUCUUGUUGAACACCAGAGAACUCACACAGGAGCGAAACCGUUCUCAUGUACGGAAUGUGGAAAAUGUUUUGUUAGUAAAUCAGCGCUUAACAAACAUCAGAGAACUCACACAGGAGAGAAGCCUUUCUCAUGUUCUGAAUGUGGGAAAUGUUUAAGCAGUAAAUCAAGUCUUGUUGAACACCAGAAAACUCACACAGGAGAGAAACCUUUCUCCUGUUCAGAAUGUGGGAAAUGUUUUGGUAGUAAAUCAGAGCUUAACAUACACCAGAGAACUCACACAGGAGAGAAACCGUUCUCAUGUAUGGAAUGUGGAAAAUGUUUUAUCCGUAAAUCACAACUUGUAAGCCACACCAUAACUCACACAGGAGAGAAGCCUUUCUCAUGUUCUGAAUGUGGAAAAUGUUUUAUCCGGAAAUCACAACUUGUAAGCCACAACAGAACUCACACAGGUGAGAAACCUUUCUCGUGUUCUGAAUGUGGGAAAUGUUUUGUUAGUAAAUUAGAGCUUAACAGGCAUCAGAGAACUCACACAGGAGAGAAACCGUUCUCAUGUACGGAAUGUGGAAAAUGUUUUUUCAGUAAAUCACAACUUGUAAGCCACAACAGAACUCACACAGGAGAGAAGCCUUUCUCGUGUUCUGAAUGUGGGAAACGUUUCGUUAGUAAAUUAGAGCUCAACAAACACCAGAGAACUCACACAGGAGAGAAACCUUUCUCAUGUUCAGAAUGUGGGAAAUGUUUAAGCAGUAAAUCAAUUCUUGUUGAACACCAGAGAAUUCACACAGGAGAGAAACCUUUCUCAUGUUCUGAAUGUGGAAAAUGUUUUAUCCGGAAAUCACAACUUGUAAGCCACAACAGAACUCACACAGGUGAGAAACCUUUCUCGUGUUCUGAAUGUGGGAAAUGUUUUGGUAGUAAAUCAGAGCUUAUCAGGCAUCAGAGAACUCACACAGGAGUGAAACCGUUCUCAUGUACCGAAUGUGGAAAAUGUUUUAGCCAUAAAUUAAUACUUGUAAGCCACAACAGAACUCACACAGGGGAGAAACCUUUCUCAUGUUCUGAAUGUGGAAAAUGUUUUGGCUUUAAAUCAAAUCUUGUUGCUCGCAAGAGAGCUCACACAGGUUUAUUGUCAUGUUAACCACCAUUGUGCCCUUUUUGCAUUUAAUAGAUUGAAGAAAUACAAACAUUAAAAAACACUUUUAAACUAACUUCUCAUUUUUAAAGGGAGUUUGUUUGUUGGAGUGAACAGAACAAACACUUCCCUGACAUGAUCACUUUCGGAAGCAACAUAACCCAACAUACUAAUGAUUCCUGAUUUAUUACGUUUUUAGGCAAAUAAAGAACAAAAAAAAAAAGCAUUGUUACAGUAACAUAAUAUAGCCAAAUGCAAGAAACAUACUUGGACACUAAAC